AUGGACAAGUACUUGUUUUGGGCUAUGGCUCAGUUUUGGAACCCGGCGUAUAGUUGCUUCACCUUCGGGAAGAUGGACUUGGUGCCUACUGUGGAGGAGUAUACAGUUUUGCUUCGUUGUCUAAAGGUUCAAGUCGACAAAGUUUACUCCAAGGCUACUAGUGCCCCAUCUUUUGUAAAGAAGUUAAAGAGUAUCACUGGGAUAAGUGAACAAUGGGUUACAGCUCGAAUUCAGCAAAAGGGUGAUGGUAGGUGCAUUCCUUGGGUAAGUUUGAGGGACCUGAUCGUAGCACAUCCACAUACAAAGAGGAAAGUUGACAUAUUCGCCUUAAGUAUCUAUGGUUUGGUGAUUUUCCCUAAGGCUUUAAGGCAUAUAGAUGAAGCAAUUCCCGAUUUCUUUGAUCGACUUGAUAAAGGGGUCACACCGGUGCCGGUAAUUCUUGUUGAGACGUUCAGAUCCUUGAGUGCAUGUCGGAGGGUAAGUGAAGGUAGAUUUAUAGGGUGUGCGCAGUUAUUGUUGGCUUGGUUCCACAGUGAUUUCUGGAAGGUGGAUAAGGUUUCCUAUCAGGUUUUUUCCGAGAGUUACUCCCCGUUAAAGGAUAUAGCAGCCAUGUCUAGGAGAAAUGACAUAUCAGAAGAAAAUUGGAUCGCGCUCCUCCGAAAUUUUCAGGAAGAGGAUGUUGAGUGGAGAGCUCCUUGGUUUGUUCCUGAUGAGAUCCUCUAUCAGUGUGGGAGUUUUGAUUGGGUACCUCUACUUGGAAUUUGGUCGAGGCAGUUUAUAUCGAUGACACAUGGAUUAGCCCAAAGUGAGUUCACGUAUAAGGAGAAGAAUUAUAAGAAGAAGGUUCAAGAGAUUUUUGAUGCUUGGAAACAGAUGCACCGGAUGAAGAGAUUGGCUGUUGGAUCAAUGAAAACUCCUGAAUACAAGGGGUGGUUGAGUAAAAGAGUUAAUGAUAAUAUCCCCAUGCCGAGUUUGGAGGAUGUUCAUACGAUGGAAGAAUAUUUGCAAAAACUCGAGGCCGAGAAGUUGAGAGAAGGGAAAAGAAAGGUUGAGGAAGACCUGGACAGUUUGAAAAUUGUUUACAAGAAGCUAGGUAUGUCGAUGAGAACUACCGGGUUGGGGAAGACGUCAGAGCAGUGGUGA